CUCGCUGGAAAUCACCACCAAUAGAAGCUUAUUUUGCCUCUUAUCUUGAUUCUCAGUUCAAAAAUUUGUCUUUUGCUAAAAUGAUAGAAACAAUAGCUAAUGCUGUAAAUACCCCAGUACAAACAGAAAUAGAUCAGCUUUAUGAUGGUGUUCAACUUGAUUUCCCAGUAGAAAAUGAAUUAAAAUGA